AUGGCCGAAGAUAGACAGCCUGCCGAUAUCGUUGAGGGUGCCACCUCGGGUGAUGUGGAGGAUGAGGUCCAACCCACCGCCAAGUCCGCCGAGGACCGCAAGGCCGCCGCCGCUCUCUCGAAACUCGACUCCCGCGGCGACGACGAGGGUGCCGCUCGCGAGGUCGACCAGGAAGCCGUCAAGAAUGCGAUGAGUGCGCUAGGCGGUGGCGCCGACAAAAAGGACAUUAAAGUGGUCAAGGUGGAUGCGGCCGAUGUUAAAUUGCUUGUCGAAGAGCUCGAGCUACCUAAGCCCAAAGCAACCGACCUACUCAAAGCGCACGACGGCGACGCGGUGAAGGCCAUGAGGGCUUACCUCCAGCCCGAUGUCUAA